AUGUCUAAUCUAGUAGCCUUUAACCGCUGGCAAGCGUUCUGGAUCAUGCUCUUACGGGAAAAUACCUUUUUCGCGACGAUCAAUUAUUCCGGAGGAAAAUAGUUCUACAACCAACAGAAACUGUGAGCUGAAGCAUCUGAGUGGGUAUGUGGCUACUGGAGAAGCUCCGGAGCUCUGUGGAGAGCAGAGGGACACAAUCCCGGCCCCCGCAGACAACAGAGGCAAUUCCUAUCUCUGUUUACGCCAAUGUUCUAACUCCAAACAAGAUCCCUGAUUUCUUCAUCCCCCCCAAACUUAUCUGCUGCCCACCAGAAGAGCCUCUUACACCAGAACCUCAGCACUGCUCCACACUGCGACCCUCCUCCUCUGACCAUGCCAUCUGCAGCCAGAGCCCCAGAGCUCGGAGCAGCAAGAACCCCUGUAGCCCUCGCCUCUUUUCCCGUCUGGGAGGAGACACCCGCAAUCUCCAGAAGUCAGCCAACCGUCACAUCAUCCAAAUAGAGAGUGCUGAUGAGCCAGGUGCCAGGUCUGUGGACAGCGAUAGUGUUGAAGUCAACACUAAUGCAGACCCCCAGUCACAGACUGCAAUGUCUCUGCCAUAUGUCCCCAAGGCUCAGACCUCAUAUGGCUUUUCAACCCUGGUGGAGUCUCCUCAUACCCGGCGCAAGGAGAGCCUGUUCCACAGCGACCCCAGCAGCCCUCUCACCUCCCCGAACUCCCAGAGGCGCUCCCAAGGGGGAACUCUUCUGGCCCCAGCGGACCCCAACCCCUAUCGGUAUUUCAGUGGUGGUGAAAGCGACACCUGCUCCUCAGCAGAGUCGUCCCCCUUUAACUCCCCUCUCCUGUCCCGUUCUGCCUCUCUCCUACGCUCAAUUACCCAGGAGACACAAGCCAAGGUGUCUCGUGCCAAGCGUUCCCUGGCGCGGCACAGUUCUCUUUCCACUGAUGAUUGCAGCUCAGCAGACAACAGCCCCAAUAUGCAGCGCCGCCGCACCCGCUGCCCCCCAUCUCCUGCCUUCCGUGGGUGUAAAAGCAGCGGCUUAAAGGGCACAGUGUCAGACCUCCUGCAGCGCCAACACACUGUCAACCUCCAUAAGGGGGGGACGCUGAGGCUGAGCACUCACUACGACCCAGAGUCAGCUCGGCUGAGGGUGCGCGUGCUCACAGCCGAGGCCCUUUAUGACAGGCAGACGGACGUUAAAAGCAUCAAUUGCUGUGUAGCACUCUACCUGAACCCUGGCAAGCAGCAGAAACAGAGGAGCACCAUCAUCAAGAAUAGCAGGAAUCCAGUAUUCAACGAAGACUUUUUUUUUGACGCGCUGCCCCAGGCAAAGGUAAAGAAUCUGGCCAUGAAGAUAAAGGUUGUGAACAAAGGAACCAGUCUGAGGAGAGACGUGCUUCUAGGAGAAAGGGAGGUCCUGCUCAGUGAGCUGCUAGCAGGCCUCUAGGGAGCCCCUGUCAAGACUUUGGUGAAAACAAGCAGCUCCACAUCUUGAGGGCCCUUUUUUCUCUGUCUGACUUUUGAUCCCAUUCAACAGAUCUGAUGAUAAAUACUGGGCAAGUGAAAGCAUGCUGAUCAUGCUGAUGACAAAGGAGUUGUAUCUUGUAUUUUGUUAUGUACAUCAAUGGACCAAAAACAUAAAAACAAAACAAGAACUCUAUUGAAUUAGAAGUCCCAAGUUGCCAUAGUUUUUUUCAAUGGUCAAUCCAGGUUAAACUACCAUCAUUUACAUGCUUACCAGUAAUGUGAACAGUGGAGCUGCUUCCUUUUGUCCUUGUUUGUGUACUUGAGUACUGAGUUACAUAAGGUGUUGCCUUCACUGGUGAGCAUUGUGAUGUGGCUCAAUAUCAUAUCAGCUGUGAUGCAAUGAUGAUCUUGUUUAAGCUGGGGCUGUAUUUUUUUUUGUAAUUAUGCAGUAAUAUUACAUGUGGGUUUUUGCAUGUUCCAGUGGAAAAUGAAUAACACCUCUGUGUACUUGAAAGAAUUUAUAUCUGGGAAUUAGAUUA